AUGGAAUCAAAGCCCAACAAGCAUGAGUUGACAAUCACAAGUUUGCUAGACGAAGACCAGCCACAACAAGCAGAAUGCUCAACAAUAGCAGCAGUAUCAGUGAAUAACACAGCGAUUCCAUUUCCGUUCUUGCCAUUGUAUUCUCAGUACAGUUUUGCCCAACGACUCAGGAGCAGCAUACCCUUCUCAAAACUGUUCUUUUCCAACCACAUUAAGCCACUAAACCAAACAAAAAUGGCAGCGAAACAGCCUGCCAUCCUACAUGACAAAGAGCAGUGCAUGUUUCUAUUGAAAUUAGACGCUGAAGGCAGAACAGCGGCCAUUUGCUACUUACCGACCCGAGUGAAAAAUGUCAUUGAAGUGUAUCAUACGGAAAUACCAUCUCAUCACAGACACAAAGGCAUAGGCGAUAAACUAGUCAGGGCAUGCUUAUUAUGGGCAAAAGAGUCUGGAACUUUUGUGAUUCCAACAUGUAGUUUUGUGAGGCGGCACCUAGAUUACAAUGGGUUUCAAAAUUAUGAUCCUGUCAUCGUCAAAAACGAGCAAGAAGCUCAAAAUAAAAGGCUGUAG